GUGAGGAAUUUGCAACAUCAAAUGAAGCAGGGAUUUGCAGUGCCAAAAGAAGAUGGAAGAGGAAAACAUGGAAACUACCCACAUAAAUUUCAAGACGGAGCUGUACAAUGUGUUAGAGAAUUUCUCAAUGCCAUACCGAAAUAUAACAGUCAUUACAGUUGGCAAUAGAACCCCAAUAGAGUGUAUUUGGAUUGUGAUCUCACCACUGAUUCCUUAUUUCGAGAUAAAUACUCAGAAUACUGCAAGGAAAAGCAGGUUCCUGCAGUAUCUGAAAGUAAAUUCAGAGAAAUUUUCGUAUCUGAAUUUAAUAUAGGCUUCAAACUACCAAAACGUGACACCUGUUCGAAAUGUGAUGGAUUUCUAAUUGCAAUAAAUAACUCAGAAUUAUGUGCAGAAGAAGUCACAGAAAAGAAACAACAAUAUGAACUGCAUCUCAAAAAGGCUGACAGAGGACAAAAUAUGAUUGCGUCUUUAACUGUUCUGGCUACAGAAAAUUCGAAACAGCAUCGUAUGAUAGCAAUGGAUAUACAGCAAACGUUCCCCACACCUAAGCUAACAGUUGGUCCAGCAUUUUACAAGAGGAAAAUAUGGACAUAUAACUAUGGUAUCCAUGACUGUGGACCAAAUAAGGGUUAUAUGUUUCUGUGGAUCGAGAAAGAUGGAGGAUGGGGUUCAGAUGAGGUUGGGAGCUGCUUAUUGAAGUACUUGGAGAUAAUUAAUCCUCAGACAAAACAUCUCCACAUAAUCAAAGACAACUGCAAGGGACAGGCAAAGAAUUGGACUAUUAUUGCUUUGGAAAGGUCCCUUGUUGCUACCAAAAGAUUUGAUUCUGUCCAGCAUUACUUCCCUGUGGUAGGUCACACCAUGCUACCUUGCAAUCGUGAUUUUGGUCGCAUUGAACGGUAUGCAAGAAACAGACGUCCAAUAGUGUACACUCCAGAUCAAUGGGCAGAAGUAAUAAAAUCUGCGAGUCCAAAACAUUUCAUUGUAACUAAAAUGGAAAGAGAAGACUUCAGAAGUUUGGUAAGCCUGAAGGCAUUGAUCUCAAAACGUACAGAAGCCACAACUGGAGAUCCCCAUCAUUUCAGUGAAGCUACUCAAUUUGAGUCUGAAGAUCCCUUCAAGCUAAGUGUAAAGCACUCUUAUUCAGACAUAGGAGCUUUCAUGUCACUGGAUAUUCGUGUCAAAAAGAAAGGAAGGAUAGUCGAACCAAACCCAUAUCAGCUGCCAAUAAAGUACAGAAAGCCACUACCAAUUAACCAGAAAAAUAUUGAUGAUGUACUGUCUCUUAUGCCAUACAUACCUGCAGCAAAUCAAGAUUUCUUUCGACCAUGUACUGGAAAUAACGUGUACAUUGAUAAGGUAGAGGAACUUCCUUGA